AUGGCAGUGGGAAGAAGAGAGGGAAAAGGCGGGAGAAACGGAAGCCGGCCACAGCAGUGUUCUCUCGCUGUCGUUACCGCCUCCGACAAGGCUGCGGCUGCCGCUUAUUCGACUGUGGUCAUCCCUCUAAUUCCGCGUCUCUGUAUUUCUUCUUUCUUUUUUUUUUUAAAACCCAUUUCCACCCUUUCGUUUUUGUUAGCUCCCUACCCCCGUUGUUGCAUACUCCCCAUCCCUCCACCGGUUCUUUUUUCGGUUCUUUCUUUUUAUUCUCUUCUUUUUUUCUCCCCCUUAUUUUGUCUUCUUUCUUUACUUACCUUUUUUCCUUCUUUUUUUUCAUCCUUUCGUUUAGUAUUCUUCCUGUUUUUUUUUUCAUUCUUCUAUUCUCUUUUAUUCGUCCUUUUCUAUUACAACACCUUCUUCUUUUCUCCCUCUUCCAUUUUACAUAGUUUAUCCCUUUUUCUCUUGCAUUUAUUCCUUUCUAUGCACCCCUUCCUCUUUUCCUUUCCUCCAUAUCCACCCGCCACCUUUUCACAACCUUCUUUAUAUGGAACCCCCUCCCUCCUAUUUUACUCUUUCCACGCUCCUUUCCUUUUCUCUCUCACUUUCCUUUUAACUGCUUUCCUCACUAACACCGCCGCCAGUCAGUUCUUUCUCGUAUAUUUCAUUCCUGCCAUCAGUUGCGACCAUGACCUUCUCCACGUGACCACAGUCAAUUUUCUCUCUACCACUUCCUACUCAUCUUUUCUCUCUUCUGCCCGCCCAGAAAAUGCAUGA